AUGUUGGACGGACGAGCGUGUGGCAUCGAGGGGUCGGUGCUGCCCUCUGUCGGCGCCUGCGGGAAGCGACAUCCGGGGCCCUCCAGUGUUAUGGCGGCCGCGGGGGAGGGCAGAGAUGACGCAGCGAGUGACCACCUUAAACGCGAUAUCCGCAAUGAAAAACGCUUGAGGGAUGACGUGAAGGGAGGACGAGAGGAGUGCAUUCUUACGCAGCUCGAGGGCCGAAGUGUCUUAGGAAGAGAUCGAGAGAGCUUUCGGAAUUUCCCCGGAUUCGUGGAUACGUCGUCGCCAGGUUCCUCCGCUUCGCUGGCAGAGAUGGACUCGAAGUUUUCCCCAGACCCUCCCUUAUGCAGUGCAGAGUCCGGCCCACUAGAUACAAGUGAUCACCACCACCACCACCAUUACCACCAUCGCGAUCACCACCAUAGAGACCACCAUCACAAUCACCACCACAAGAAGAAAAAGCAUAAAGAGAGAGACAGAGAAAGAUCCCACCAUAAAAAGCAUAGAUACAGAGAAAAGGAAAGAGUUGAGGAUACGUACAUCAGAUGGAGAACAGAAAAUGGCAGCAGUGGCAGUGGCACUCCAGAGCAUGACCCCGUUGAGGAGAGAAGUUACACCCCACCGGUUCAUCCAGACCUGCGGAUAACAGAGAGGAAGUGUCGGGAGUCAUCAGAAGAUGGUGAUUCAUCAGGAUCUUUAUCUUUCACACCCCCAAGACAACCGACCUCUCCAUAUUCUAGAAACAAUGUCAGAGAGAGGAAUGCGCAUCAGAGUUACACAGAAGAUUCUAGAGUACCUUUGUUACCUCAUAGACUGGGAAAUUCAUCUUCCCCUGCCUCGCCCCAGGAUCCUUCGCCCAUUCCUCCUACCUCGUCAGUUUCGGUGUCGCAGAGACCACCUGGCAGCCCACCCAUGUCAAGUUCAAAUUGUAUUCCUCCAAGAUCACCAGGCACCCCUCCCCCUCACAGAUCCCCAGGCACUCCAUCCAGAUCGCCCAGAACAUAUCCAUCCAUGCCAUAUUCUUCAUCUAUACAUGCCGAUCCUGCAUCUCCUGCAAGAAGAUGCUCUGACUCUUCACCCCCUCCAGUUUCAAGGCCACAGGAGCUUCCCUUCAAGCCCAGCACCCCUUCACGAUCUGUAUCACCCGAGUCUCCUGCAUCACCAAGAUCCCCGGAGUCCCCACAAUCUCCAAGAUCUCAAGGAACCCCUCCCCCUCCCCCAAGAUCACCAGAAACCCCCCCACCUCCCCCAAGAACACCCCCUCUCCCUCUCUCAGGCCCUGAGAGUCCACCACCACAAGUGUAUAACGAGACUCCAAUCAGAUUAGAAGAUUGUAAUCUCUUUCACGGUAGCAUAAAAGAAACUGCUGCAAGCUCUGUUGAGAAUCCUCCACCUCCUCCACCAAUGUCUCCUGGAAGUACUCCUCCUCCCCCACCAAUGUCUCCAGAAACACCUCCUCUUCCUCCUAUGUCUCCAGGAACACCACCUCCUCUUCCUUCAUCACCACAGAGCCCUUCUCGUCAGAAUUCCUAUUGUCUGUCUCCUGUUAGAAGUGACCUAUUGACAUUACCAAGGACGUGUUCACCAACUUUACCAAAUGAAUCUCUAGACACCAGUGACAAAUCUAAAUCUAAUCCUGUGUGCCCUUCUAAGGAGAGGCUCUCUGAAGAUAUCAGAGAGAGAGAUACACCAUCACCGCUACCUGACUGUCCCUUGGAAUGUCCAAAAUCUCCUUCACCACAAUUUGGUUCACCUUCAUCAUCACGUUCUCCAUCACCAGCACCUAUCCCUGCCUUAAGAGCCAGGAGUCCACCAGUACCUGUAGCGUCCCUACCCCAGCCACUAAGAAUAUCAUGUCCUAGUCCUUCCCCAUCCUCGGGGGUACCACAGAAGACUGAGGCUUUAUCCCCAAGAGUGCCAAUUCCUGACAUUCUUUCUCCUACUAAUUCUGUAAAAACAGAUAUAAUGUCCCCACCUCAUCGGAGUCCCAGACAAGGGAUUAUGUCACCCACUCACCUUGGUAGACCCAAGAUUGUGUCACCAUCUUCCUCAUCCUCAUGCCCAAAAUCACCAAAAAUCAGAAGCCCGUCUCGAUCUCGUCCAAGAAGUCCAAUGGAUUUACCAGUUCCAAGAUGGAAGCCUGAUCCUGUAAUUAGACAAAAAAGGUCAUCUGAGUCUAGAGCAUCCAUUUCCUCAAUCUCUUCCAUAUCAUCUCUAUCAGAAGUGAUUGUCCCUGUAACUCCACGACAAAUCACAAUUCCUCCUUCUGCAGAAAAGUUGCGGAGGUUUAGUGAAGAGGAGUGCCAUGAUCUACGAGAGAGAUCAGCAAGUGGGGAGGGUCAUGAUACUGCUGAGAGUGGUUUUGACGAGGGAAGUGAUUUAUCUCCCGACCAUAAGCCUGAAGUGACUGUAAAAGCAGAGCAUCCUGAUGUAGAUUCACACUCACAGGAAGCUACAGGAAGUGCAGAAACAAAGAAGGAAGAGCCUGAGACUGAAAAGACAUCAGAAAAUGUGCCUAAACCAGAUUUUAAAAGUGAAGUGCUGGAUGAACUGUGUAAGUUUGCAGAAGAGGGCGAUACCACAAUCUACACGGGGCCUCAAGGAAAGCCCAUAAAGGCAGAAGAGGAGCAGGAAAUAAGAGUUGUGAAGGAGGAAGAUCCAAUAUUAUCACCCUCAAAAGGAGAAUCCUAUAUUAAAACUACAACCCUUCGAAAACCUCCAACAUCAUCCAAGAAAACGGAAUCACCAAAGAGCUUAGAUCGAUCAACAACACCAAAGAAGGAAGAACCUGAAUCCUCAGUAAGUUUACCUAGUUUAGGAAGUGUCAAAGAAGAGUCCAGUUGUAUGCCAAAGAAGACAUUAGACUUCAAAGAUAAAGAGGCUAAAGUUGAGAGAAAAUUAUCAACAUCAGGGGAUUCAGUGAAACUUCCAGUAAAUGGGACCAAAGUGACAGAAUUGUUAAAUAAUAAAAGUAAAGUGACAGACGUUACACAUCCUAAAAGUUGUGUUGAAAAGCAAUCUGAAUUGGAAAAGCCUAGAGAAAAAUUAGAAAAGUGCUCAGAACAAUUAGAAAAGAGCAAAAGCUGUGAUACCCCACACAGACACAAGUCGACCUCGUCAACUUCAUCAUCAAGUAGUAAGAAGUAUGAAUGUGUCAAAUGCCACAAAAGGAGCAAAAUCAAGAGAUAUAACAUUGGUGUGCAGUGCAGAAGAGACAAAAGUGAUUCAAAGACUUCCUCAACCUCAUCAUCAUCUUACACAUCUUCUUCUACACUCAAGCCUGUUUUCCCCAAAGUUGACUUUGGAUCCAAACAUGUAUCUUUGCCCAGGCCACCAUGCACUGGUCAACCAGGUUUGGAAAAGUACAAAUAUGCCCAAUAUAUGCACAUAGAAACGUAUCCUAAUGGAGAUGCAACUGUGGUUCACAUGUAUCAAGAUGAAAUUGAUAGCCUUACCAAGGAAGAACAGGAAGAGUUAGCAGUAGAGUUCUUAGAGGUAGUAUUUGCUGAAGAUGAUGACGGUUAUGCCUAUCAUGUGUGUGGCAUUGUUCACAAUUCAGCAAAAUAUAUGCCAGACCUUCUUGAUUAUAUGGCAGAGAAACAUUCAAAUCUCAUAGUGAAGGCUGGUGUCAUAGGCCACAUUGGACGGAACUCUGACCUUGAAACAUACACAAUGGAAAAAUACAAAGAUGAAGUGUACAAAAACUACUGCAAUGGUACCUUCCGUGCUGGUCCUCUACACCAAGUUAGUAUUGUUGGAACAGUACAUGAAGAAGUUGGUGGAUACUUUCCUCAUUUUCUGAACAUGAUGGAAGAAAAUCCAUUCCUAAGAAGGGCAAUGCCAUGGGGCCCCAUGUCUAUCGUGAAAAUGACAUCCCCACAGCAGAGUAAUGAUGGCCCUAUAUUAUGGAUACGGCCUGGAGAGCAGCUAAUUCCAACAGCAGAGCUUGGCAAAUCACCAGCUAAGCGGAAGAGUAGGGUGGGUAUCAAUGAACUACAGCGCCUUCAGUACCUUCCUCGUGCUACCAAUGCAAGAGAAAUGAUGUUUGAAGACAGAACAAAGGCUCAUGCAGACCAUGUGGGAGCAGGCCUUGACAGAAAAACCACAGGAGCAGUUGGGGUGUUGAAGGCUGUACACUGUGGAACUGAAUACACUCACAAUCGCAUCGUGAAAGAUGUAGUGGCCUUUGAUGCCCACGAUUUCAAUGACAUCGUGGAAAAGUUGCAGCUUGAUCUUCAUGAACCCCCAAUCUCCCAGUGUGUACAGUGGAUAGAAGAUGCCAAGUUGAACCAGUUGAGGCGAGAGGGGAUAAGAUUUGCCAGAAUCCAGCUGUGUGAUAAUGAUAUUUAUUUCUUGCCACGCAAUAUCAUCCAUCAGUUCCGCACAGUCACUGCAGUUUGUAGUGUUGCAUGGCAUGUUCAGCUGAAGCAAUAUUAUCAGCCAAAGAGUACAGAGAAGGAAAAAGAAAAAGACAAUAGCAAAGAAAACUCUCCCUCUGUUUCCCCUGUAAAGCAGGAUUCAAUGGAGAAAAAGGAGAAGUCCUCCUCAUCCUCUUCUGUCUCCUCGACUCCCUCAAAGCACCACAAGAGCCACAAACAUGAUAAGAAGGACAAGUGUGAGAAGGAGAGACAUGAAAAGCACAAGCAUAAACACAAAAACAAAGACAGAGAUAAGGAUAAACAUAAAGAAAAGGAUCAUCACAGAGGUGAGAGAAGGAGUGAGCACAAGAGCAAGAAGAGAGAGAGACCAGAGAAGGAAGAUGCAGAAAGAAUCAAAAAGAGGCUGAGACUUGACUCAAACUCCUCAGUGGAUGAGCCAGUGACUGAGGUGAAGGAAGAAAAAGUGGAUCCACUUGAAACAGAGGCAAAGAAAAUCAAACUAGACAAACCAGAACCCAAGGUAGAAGUGAGAGAAGAGCCUAAAAUAGAACCAAAGGUGGAGCUUGAGGCUGCAAGCACUUGUCCCCUGGAGAGUCCUGUGCCUGAUGCCCCAGAAAAAAUGCCUGAGGUAAAGCAGGAGUCCACAGAAAAGGCUAGCAGCAGCAGCCUUGAUCAUAGUCAAAUUAAGAAAGAGAAUGGAACUCUUGAUAAGGCAGUUGGAUCUGCAAAAGUGAAGACCCCAACUGUUCCUGGGGCAGCUGGAAAUCGGCCGAAGAUGCCAAACAAGCCUACCACAGGCUCCCAAGCAUGUGAUCUUCUUGGAUCGAUCAUGGCUGGGAUGUCACAGUCAGGGAUGCACAAAUAAUGUUGAGAGGAAUCCAGUCUCUCUUAUUUUUCCUCUUGUGUUCCUUUAAGUAGUAGUUAAAAGAGUUGAAGUGAAUACUGACCUUAUUAGCAAAUACAUAUGCUUGGAAGAUGAUCACAGUGAGCUCCGAAAAGUAUAUGAUGAUAUGCAUUUAAAUGCCUUAGAUACAAACACCCCUAAGUAUUUUGUGUGACAUCUUGAUACCAUUGUAAAUAUCAAAACCAUCUCAAGAAGAAACACCCAGUUCUUAUGAAAGGAUCAAACCUGGGCUAAGCCACUUGAAAUAAUGCUUAGUCAGGAUAAAAAAGUUAAAAAAAAAUAAUAAAAAAAAAACAUAAAACAAAAAAAUAAAAAUAAAAGCAAAUAUGUUAUAUAAAAAGGGAAAACUCAUGUGUCCUCUAUUGUCAGAGAUGUAUAUUGCUGUAGAUAUCAUGCCAUCUUAUUUAUUCAUAGAUUUUACUAUUGUAGCGGGUAGAGUUCUGUAAUAAUAAGUACCAGAAAGCCUUGUAACUGAUCAUAUUAUGCCAGAUUCACAUUAUUUAUCUCAUCUGUAUAUUUGUUUGAUUUUUGUUUAAAAUAUGUUAUUUAUUCUGUCUUAAUAUAGAAGGAAAAUUUGA